GCGGCGCAUGGCUGCAGGCGGGCGCCAUGGCGGCGUAUGCCGCGCGGGUCCUGGCGCUGCUGCUGGCCGUGGCGCUGGUGGAGGGCCUGUACUGCGGGCUGCACGUGUGCUACGAUGUGCUGGGCGUGAGCCGCGAGGCUAGCAAGGCGGAGAUCGCGCGCGCCUACAGGCAGCUGGCCCGGCGCUACCACCCCGACCGCCAGCACGGCAAUGCCCAGGACCCGGACACGGCGCAUGAGACCUUCCUGCUCAUCGCCACAGCCUACGAGACCCUCAAGGAUGAAGAAACACGUAAGGAUUAUGACUACAUGUUGGAUCACCCUGAAGAGUAUUACCGCCAUUAUUAUCAUUACUAUAGCAGGAGGCUGGCACCUAAAGUGGACGUCAGAAUAGUAAUUCUGCUUACAGUAUGUGCUAUCUCUGUGUUUCAGUUCUUCAGCUGGUGGAGUAGCUACAAUGAGGCUAUCAACUAUUUAGCCACAGUGCCAAAAUAUCGCAUCCAAGCUACUGAGAUUGCAAGGCAACAAGGCCUACUCAACAGAGCUAAGGAAAAGGGCAAAAAUAGGCGGUCUAAAGAAGAAACUCGCAAGGAAGAGGAGGACAUCAUCAAAAACAUCAUAAAAAAUAAAAUAGAUAUAAAAGGCGGCUACCAAAAACCUAAAGUAUACAACAUUCUCCUAUUCCAAAUCCUCUUGGCUCCUUUUUACGUGUGCAAAUAUGUAAUCUGGUAUUGCUGGUGGAUUUAUUGUUUCAAUAUUAAAGGUCAAGAAUAUGGAGAGGAAGAAAAACUAUACAUAAUACGUAGAUACAUGAAAAUGUCCCAGUCUCAGUUUGACAGUUUAGAAGAUGAGCAGAAAAAGACUUUUCUUGAACGGCACCUGUGGAUGAGAGAGAACUAUGAGGUCUACAAACAAGAGCAAGAGGAAGAACUAAAAAAGAAGAUGGCCAUGGACCCACGAUGGAAGAGAUAUCGGAGGUGGAUGAGGAAUGAAGGACCUGGAAGAUUAACGUUUAUUGAUGAGUGAAGGCUGCUAACCAAUACAUGCAAUGUUGAAGCUGACUUGCAAGACUUUCAUAACUACAUUUUCAGAGUUUGAUCUGCUCUGCCUCAGCAGUGAUCUAAAACUCAGGAAUAUUUCAUCAGGCAGAAAAGUAGUACAGGUUUACCAUUUUUAUAAAUAAAAACAAAUCAAUUGCACAGAACUAGUUCAGUGUAUAUAUCCCACUUUUUCUUUAGCAACUUUCACAUUAAUCACCAGCCCAACCAGACCCUAUGCCCUCAAAAUAUCUUCCAUGAAGUCGCCUUUGUUGUGUUUUUAUUGUUUGGUUCCCACUUAUAAAAUCACAAGGCUUUGCAUUUGGUCCAUAGGGAUGUGUAAAUGCUAACAUAAAUGCUGUGAAGAAGGAUAAUUUUUAAUUUAACUCUCCUUCUCAGUCCAAAAGCUUCCCAAAUGAAUAAUCUUGCCUAAUAACAUUUUUGAGGCAGUUAGCCCAACGGCCUUACACUUGAGUGUUACUGUACUUUGUCCAGUUGGGAAUGUGGACUUCUUCAGUCAUUCUGAUAAGUAGUGCAUAACUGUUCCUCAGUGUUAAACUAAUGGGCCUUAUUUUUUCUUUGUUCUACAGAGUGAGUGAUGCAUUAAGAUGAUUAUAUUAGAAUCUGAUGUUUGGUUUUUAAUCUUUGUAAAAUGAACUGCACUACUUGUUUGGAACAGGUGUACUGGUGAAUAUGUUGUUGCUAUUAAGGCUAUAAACAGAUAUCACCUUUGUCCCAG